GCAGCUCUGUAUAAAUAACAUUUCUUGACAAUAAUUUAGCAGUAAUUGAAUUACACUCCCCAACAUCAACUUUUUUCUAGCCAGUAAACAUUUUCAUAGGUAGAGGUUCCCCAGGAUUUGAAAAAUUAUUUCAGGGGUUCUUCCUUGGAAAAAACAUUGAGAAACAAUGCAUUAGAGGAAAGUAUUUGGACACAGCCUUCACUUGUUCCCAGUUAGAGGGGUGACCUAUAUCGAUACCUUUCAGAUGGGAAGUCUUUCUGAGAUGGUUGCACCUAACGUUUGGAUUUUUCCCCCUUCUCUCCAGUGAAGAGGCCAAACAUGUCAGGCAUCAAGAGAGCUAUAGAAGAGAAGGACCCGGACUAUGAAGAGAUCUCAGUUGUACAUACAAACAAACGUCAUAAAGCAGUUGAACAGUCAGCUCGGAAUGCUGCGGUGCAGAAAAUUGAGGACAUUAUUAAAGAUCAGUUUUCAGUAGAAAUGAAGAACAAAGAACAUGAGAUUGAAGUCAUAGAUCAGCGACUGAUUGAAGCAAGAAGAAUGAUGGAUAAACUGCGAGCAUGCAUUGUUGCAAACUAUUAUGCUUCUGCUGGUCUCCUUAAAGUGGGAGAGGGAACCAAGACAUGUGACCCCCUGGUAUUUAAUCAUCCGUCCAUCAAGAAAUUUGUGGAUUCUCCAUCCAGAUCAUCAUCUCCGGCUAAUCAGGGUUCAGAAACCCUGUCAGUUAACCAUUCAGAAAGUGAGUCAUCUCAACAUGUGGACUACUUGAUGGGAAAAGACAAUUCUAAUCUGGAUGCAGAAGAGAGAUUGUCCAGCAAGCUGGACCAGAGACCUAGGAAGAAUUCUGGGCAGGGCACUUCUGUUGCAAGUGAUCGCAAAGCAGGGCUAAGAAGUGCUAGUCUGUCAAAUGAUGAGAAUUCACGGCUGUUUGUAAAGAAAACCAUAGUGGUUGGCAACGUCUCCAAGUACAUUCCUCCUGAUAAAAGAGAAGAGAAUGACCAAUCCACUCACAAAUGGAUGGUGUAUGUACGUGGGUCCAGAAGAGAACCCAGCAUCAAUCAUUUUGUUAAGAAAGUUUGGUUCUUCCUUCAUCCCAGCUAUAAACCUAAUGAUCUUGUUGAAGUCAGAGAGCCUCCUUUCCACCUCACCAGGCGGGGCUGGGGGGAAUUUCCUGUGAGGGUUCAGAUCCACUUUAAGGAUAUUCGGAACAAGAGGAUUGAUAUCAUACACCAUCUAAAGUUGGAUAGAACAUACACUGGUCUACAGACUCUAGGAGCUGAAACGGUAGUGGAUGUUGAGUUGCAUCGGCAUUCCCUUCGAGAAGAAUAUCUAUUCUCCCAGUCUUCAGAUUCUGAUCUUUCUGAUGCCCCUACUUCACUGCAUUUGCCACUAAAUAUGCCAGCCCCAGUUAAGGCAUCUUCACCCAUAAAACAAAUGCAUGAAUCCAUUACAGAUGCUUCGACUGAAAAAGGGUUCAGUGCUGAAGCUGAAAGGCAUACGACUUUUUACUCCUUGCCAUCAUCUUUAGAACGGACUCCCACAAAGCUGGCAACCCAGAAAGUUACUUUUGGCUCCCACGGCAACUCAGCUUUUCAGCCUAUUGCAGCUAGUUGCAAAAUAGUGCCUCAAGGCCAAAUCCCAAGCCCUGCUGAAUCUCCUGGCAAGUCUUUUCAGCCAAUUACAAUGAGCUGCAAGAUUGUAUCAGGGUCUCCUAUAUCAACCCCAAGUCCUUCUCCUCUACCUCGUACUCCAACCUCUACUCCAGUGCACAUGAAGCAAGGAACUGCCACUCCUGUAGUCAAUAACCCUUAUGUUAUUGUGGAUAAGCCUGGCCAACCAAUUGGAGCAGUGGCCACCAGCACAAGCAGCCCUGCAAGUAAGGCUACCAGUGUUUCUCAAGCCUCUCAUGGGACUGGCUCUCCAAUCUCAAAAAGCCAUGGAAGCAAUUCUGUAACCUCUGCUAUCAAGCAGGAGGAUUCACUGUUUGCAACUAUGCCACCUCUUUGUCCAAUUGGGAGUCACUCCAAGGUACAAAGCCCUAAAUCUGUGACAGGAGGAAUUGGAACAUUUACAAAGGUGAUAAUAAAGCAAGAGCCUGGCGAACUGCCCCAGCAGUCUUCAGCACCGCCAGCUGGGACAGCUUCUCAGACCUCUGUGCCACAGUAUGUCACUGUAAAAGGAAGUCACAUGAUUGCUUUGUCACCUCAGAAGCAGGUAGUGAGCACAGGAGAAGGAUCGGCACCAUCCAAGGUUGUUGGUGUUCCAGUUGGUUCUGCUUUACCUGCAACAGUCAAGCAAGCUGUGGCUAUUGGUGGUGGGCAGAUAUUAGUGGCAAAAUCCAACCCAGCAAUAGCUAAGACAGUUGGCACAAAACAAGUCGUAACACAAGGAGUAGCCAAAGCAAUUGUGAGUGGUGGUGGAGGAACCAUUCUUGCCCAGCCUGUGCAGACUUUAACAAAGGCGCAGGUUACAUCAACGGGAGUUCCAAAAAGUGGAUCCCAAGGAUCAGUGAUGGCAACACUGCAGUUACCAGCCACUAACUUGGCAAACUUGGCAAAUCUACCACCUGGCACAAAACUCUACCUUACCACAAACAGCAAGAACCCAUCUGGGAAAGGAAAACUGCUGCUUAUACCUCAAGGAGCCAUUCUGCGAGCCACCAGUAAUGCCAAUCUCCAGUCAGGUUCUUCCACAAGUGGAGGUGGAGGAACGCAAAGCACAAGCACUGGAGUAUCUCAACAUCUAACCUACACAUCUUACAUCCUCAAACAAACGCCUCAGGGCACAUUUUUAGUUGGCCAGCCAUCUCAGCCUAGUUCUGCCAAACAAGUGGCAACAGGGACAGUAGUCCUAAGUAAUACAAGUGCUGGAACGUCAUCUGCUCAAGGACACCAGGCAUUGAAAGUAAUAACUGGACACAAAACUGCUACUUUAUUUGCACAGGCAACUUCUGGUGGACAAGCAUCUCUGAUGAAAAUAUCAGACAAUGCGCUGAAAUCUGUGCCAGCAUCAUCACAACUCUCAAAACCAGGCACUACUGUGCUACGGGUGUCUGGUGGCAUGAUUACUGCAGCAGCAACAUCAGCUGUGACACUUCCAUCAAAUGGAGUUGUGCAGCAAGGAGACAGUGCAAGUUCCAGUUCAUCUCCAGCUGCAAGCUCUGUAGUGAAGGCACCUGGACAACAGCAGCAAGUUCCUCUCAACCAAGCUCAAGCAGCCCCUGCUGUACCAAAUAAAACAAGUGCAUCUUCAGUUGUUAGCAUUGCUUCUUGGGUGACAACCCCAGCUCCUGUGUCUGGCAAAACUGCAGUAUCAGGCUUGUUAAAGAUCCACUCCAGUCAGAACAGCCCACAGCAGGCUGUUCUGACAGUGCCCAGCCAGCUCAAACAAUUAGGUGUGACUGCUGCUUCCGGAGGAGUUCAAACUAUACUGAUGCCUAUGAACAAAGUGAUACAGUCGCUUUCUUCCAGUAAAGUGUCUACUGUCACACCUGUAACUUCCAGUUCUGCAGUAGUUCCCAGCCCUACUGUGGUGCCAGUUGCUAAAGUUAAGCUGGAGCCUGAUUCUGCAGGGCAGAGUUGCAGUUCUGUGGUCCCCCAAGAGAGUCAGGUGACAGUGAAAUCUGAGGAAAGCUCUGAACUUGGAAAUUACAUCAUCAGGACAGAAUAUUUAGAUAAUCUCCAGCAACUCUUGAGAGCAAUAGUGAAGAAAGUUCCAUUAAUUGCUGAGAAAAUCGAAGAUGCUAAUUCGUUCUGUGCCAGUUCAUUGGAACAAUAUUAUAGUUGGAAUAUUGGGAAACGGAGGGCUGCUGAGUGGCAACGAGCACUGACAGUAAGGAAAAUCCUCCAAGAAAUCAUAGAGAAGCAACCAAAAUUCCAUAGUAUAAGCCCCUUGAAAACUAAGCAGGUUGUACAUUGGUGUCGUUCCCGUGGCUAUACACCACCUGAUCCAGAAACCCUGAGGAGUGAAGACUCCAUAGAAGAUGUACUCACUCAAAUAGACAGUGAACCAGAACGCUCAUCUUCUUAUACCACUGCGGAAGAGCUGUGUCGAAAACUUGAAGAGCUGGAGCGUUUCCUCAAGCAAGAGCCAGAAAAUGAUGAGGAAGUGGACAUUCUCAACAUUACUGAGCCUGUGAAAAUAAACAUUAAAAAGGAGCAUGAGGAGAAGCAAGAGGAGGCAAAAUUCUAUCUAGCUUCCCAGCCUGCAUCGGAGUUUGUGAGCAAGACAGCUCAACAGAUUGGAAUUUCCUUUCAGCCUGUAGAGCUGCACAAGAACAUCUAUGCCUCAGUAAUAGAAGAUAUGAUUUUAAAGGCCACAGAACAAUUGGCAAGUGAUAUAUUAAGGGAAGCCAUGGCUGUUGGCUACCAAACAGCUCCUCACAACAGGACUCCAAGAGAGAUCACUGUGAUGAAUAUCCACCAAGCCAUCUGUAAUAUUCCUUUUCUGGACUUCCUCACAAAUAAGCAUAUGGGAAUAUUGAGUGAAGAACAGUGAACUGGGCUGAAAAGCAACAUGAACACUAGAGAAGGACCUUGGCACAAUUCCUCUGUGUCUGAAUAUGUACUUUAAUUCUGAGGAGCUAGGUUACCUUGCAGUAACAAGAUACUUGAAUUCUACAAAGUAAUGUUCCAAUUUCGGGCAGAGGGAGUUUGUUUUUUUAAAAAAACUUCUUUAAAAAAGCAACAAAUACUGCUAUCAGGUUUAUUUGGUAACUGUUCCCAAGUCAGCUGGCAGUGAAAGUUCUAAUUAAUCAGAUCCUGGCCUAGGUUAUUGGGGGGGGGGGUGUUUUUAGCAUGGAAGUUAUUCAUUAUGUGUGGCCCCUAUAAAUAUAAUCUACAGAUGAUUAUAAUUUUCCUGGCCUUCAGGAGGUUAAGAGUCCCUGGCAUGGAGAUGAAAAUCAUAGUCAUAGACAGUGGCUUUACAUUGCAGGUAUCCCCUUAGAAGAGUAUAACUCUGCUUAGGAUGGCACUGUCAGACAGGUGUAUUUAAAAGCUGUGAAAAGUGAUGUGAUUGUAGUGCAAAGUGUCAAGGCAUAUUCUCAGAACAGAUCUUUUUUGCUUCAUCAAUGGAAGCAAAAAUGUUAACUCUUCUCAGAGUUAGGUUUGGAGUCCUCUGGAAGAUUGUCCAAAAUGACUGAAAACCUGAAAUCACCUAUCACACAACCUGAUAUCACACGGCUGGGCAAUAAAUGCUGCCAUUCAUUCUCUAUGUGGUAAUAUUUGUUCUGUAGGCUGCCAUUGGCUGAGAUUCUUUGCUUAAAUAGUUGGAGAGCCGCCUGUUGUUUUUGCUCAUUGUGACCAAAUCUUACUCUGCUUGAUGAUUGAAAAUAUUGACUAGGGAAGAGCCCCUUCAUUUGAAUUCCUGAUCAUAGGAAUGAUUUAACCCACAUUAAACUAGACAGUUAGGACAAAAUAUAGUGGAAGAGAAUCUGCUUCAUUCAAGCCCUUUGCUGGAUUCAUAUUUGUGGUCCUUAGCAUAUUUAAGGAUUAGGAAACUGAACACUCCACAUGCUAACAACAAAUUCUGAAAAACACGAAACCAUGUGCUAAUCUCAGUUCUGUCCCUGUAUGGCCUCUUCUAGGUCAUGGAACUCACAGGCCAGUUAAUUAGCAUUUAGCUAGCCCUAAUGCGUCAUUUUACUGAUUGUCUUUCACUUGAUUUUUGUUGUAGGAAAGUUAAUUUAUCAUAUAUUAAUAUUCAUGUCAAUAUUGAUCUUCAGUCUAAUUGCAUAGAUUGCUUUUUAAAAAUGUGGCUAGUCUUGACCCUUGUGAGAAUGAAACUGCUAUUUCUCAUUGGAAUUAAGAAUAUCUGUUCUGUCAAAACUUAGCAUGCAUCAGAUUUAAUUUUUUUUUAAGUUUUUAAAUAUCCUUUUCAGUGGAAAAUGGAAAUAUUUUCUAGCAGUACCAAGACUUACUUUCAGUAAAGGUUGAACUAGAUUAACGGGACUUCCACAUACACAGAUUGCUUUUGCUCAAUCAGAGCAAUAUUCCAGUCAGUUGAAGACUACCUUACAAAACAUUGUCCAAAUUGGUUCAUUGCUUAAAUCUUCUGCAUUGUCUGUACUAUAAUGUAUAAUUGUGUAAAAUACAUUUUACAAUAAAUUUUCUUGGUUAAAUAUUAA